AUGCACAUUGAGAAAAACUUCUUCGAUAACCUCACGAACACAUUGUUAAAUGCUCCUGGAAAGACAAAAGACAGCGUCAAAAGAAGAUUGGAUCUUCUAGGUCUAUGCAAACGACGUGAUUUAAAUAUGAAAGAGGAUGGAACGAUGCCCGUGCCAAUAUUCAGGCUGUCAAAUGCGGCUAAGCGAGAAUUCCUUCUGUGGCUGAAAAAUGAUAUAAAAUUCCCCGAUGGAUAUUCCUCCAAAUUUAGUCGAUAUAUUGCCCUCUUUUUCCGAGAUAUCUCUUCGAGGAUUUUGAAAGAAUCAGAUAUUGGUCUUUUAAAGGCAAAUAUCGGUGUGAAGCUUUGUAACUUGGAAAAGAUAUUUCCUCCAUCAUUCUUCGAUGUUAUGGAACAUUUUCUUGUGCACCUUCCAGAUGAGGUAGCCUUAGGUGGCCCCAUCCAUUUUAGGUGGAUAUACUAUCAAGGAUACUACAUGGGUCCUUGGAAGAGUUGGAAUAAGGUGCCUGAGGAAAGGAAGGAUUCCUGGUGGCAAACGUUUGUGCAAAAUUUAUACUGGGAGUCUCAAUUUAAUGAUUUGGUCUACGGUCUGUGGAAGAAGGAAACGAUGACAUCCGUUGGUGAAAGGAUUAGCAAGAAGAAGAGGCAACACAAGAAGCCAAAGUACAUCAAUGAUAGCGACUGGACACUGCUUCUGGAGUAUUGGGCGACUGAUGAAGCUAAAAAGAAAAGCAAGAAGGCUGCUAAAAGCCGCAAGGCUGAUCCUGUGGGUAAAGGGUGCCACAAGCAUAAUGCAGGCCCUAGGUGUUUUGCAAGGAUAGCGUAUAACAUGACGCAAGCCUCUGGUGAACCACCAUCCUACACUGCCCUUGUCAGGGAGACACACUCCCGACCAGAUGGGACUUUUGUGAACUAUCGGGCUGAAGAACUGGUAACUCAGGCCGAGAUGGAAGCCACACAGCUCUCUAACACUGAAGGAUCACCAGGGAGUCCAAGUGCAUAA